AUGUAUUCUCCAGCUGAUCAAGGUACCGUUCAAACUUCUUGCUUAAUAUAUAAUAUGGGGGUUUUAAGCUAUGUCCUUGUUUCAUUGAUUGCAAUUUCGUCAUACUUAUAUGUGAUCCGCUCUCCAAAUAAUUUUCAGUUUCAAAACGAGCACCUCAACAAUGUACUCUACCAUCCUUUAGGAACAUCCAUAUGGUCAGAAAUAACCGACCGAUUUCUGGAUAAGAUUGAGUCUCUAGCGGGCUUGGAGAAUCUCUCAUCUGCGGUCUAUAAUCCUGCUCGAGUUGGGGAAAUGAAGUUGAGUUCCAAUUCUUAUUACGAGGAGAUCGCACCUCUCAAGAACAGAGAGAAAAUAGGGAAGGAAAAUGCCACUAUCGUUAUGCUAGUUCGAAACCUGGAGUUGAAAGGCGCGUUGCUGUCUAUGCGAUCCCUUGAAGAUCGAUUUAAUAGGGAUUACAAGUAUCCGUGGGUCUUCCUCAAUGAUGUCCCAUUUGAUGAAGAUUUCAUCGAACAAACGUCACAGAUGGCUAGCGGCGAAACUUUUUACGAACUCAUUCCAGAAGAAGAUUGGAAUCCUCCACCACAUAUUGACUUAAAAAAACUCCAAAAAAACAUCGAUAAUUCUGCAAAUGUCAUUUACGGUUUCUCAAAAUCAUAUAGGAACAUGUGCCACUUCAACUCUGGAUUUUUUUACAAGCAAAAGCGGCUUUUGGAUUAUGAGUGGUAUUUUAGGGUUGAGCCUGAUGUGGAAUACAUGUGUGAUUUCCUUUACGACCCUUUCACCUUGAUGAGAACUCUUAAUAAAACUUACGGCUUUGUGCUCACCAUCCCGGAAUACAUAAAUACCGUGCCUACAUUAUGGUCGACUGUGAAAGAUUUCAUGAAGGAGUACCCCCAGUAUAUCCAUCCAAACAAUGCUAUUGACUUCAUAACGACGAACGACACAGAUGUGUUUUUUAACACACAUGCAAUUUCUAAUUCUGAAUAUAAUUUGUGUCAUUUUUGGUCCAAUUUCGAGAUCGGCAAUCUCAAUUUUUUCAGAGGUGAGGCAUAUGAACUGUAUUUCAAUUACUUGGACAAGGCCGGAGGAUUCUACUAUGAACGUUGGGGAGAUGCACCUGUCCAUUCCAUUGCGCUUUCACUUUUAAUUGAUAAGGAUGAAAUCCAUCAUUUCGAAGAUAUUGGCUACUAUCAUGCCCCGUACAUGUCGUGCCCACAGUCACGUGAUAUACUCAAUGCCAAACGAUGCAUAUGUCGUGCUAUGGACCCAAACAAGGAUGAAAUUUCGGAAGGAGUCGAUACGAUGCCACCGAGCUGCUUGGGUCGCUGGUGGAGGUAUGGUAGUGGUAAAAAAUUCUUGAACGAGUUUCCUUAUACCUUUUUAUAG